CUGAAAGGUGAGGGUUCAUGAAAGGUCAGCCUCCAAGUGUCGUCCCUACAAGCAUGGUCUUCGCAAAGUCUACCACAAUGCUGACGAAAUCCACGUACCUUGUGUUCCUAAUUAUGUUUGCUAACAGUGCUGAUGGUUCGUGUGUGGCGUCACCCCAUCUCAUGGCGGCAGAACUGAACGGUGCUCUAGACAACUACUGUACUGAUAUGGACGAACAGUCUUCGACUCUGACGUGCACAGAACAACAACGGCAAAACCCGUUCCGCUCCAUUGACGGCACUUGCAAUAAUCUGGAGAACCCGUAUUUUGGAGCCUCUCGUGUCAAGCUGAACCGUCUGCUGGAGCCUGUCUACGACGAUGGUGUGAACUCGCCCCGACGAGGGGUCAGCGGUCUGCCAUUGAGGAGUGCCCGUGACAUCAGCCUCACCAUCCACGGUAACCCCGCGUUUCCUCCUCGCCCCAGUCGCCCCUUCACCCUCCUGCUCAUGCAGUGGGGACAGUUCCUCGACCACGACUUCGCCCUCGUUCCGCUGCCCACCGAGGGCGGUGUGACCAUCACAUGCUGUGACAAUGUUACGAAUGGGUUCUUGCCGAACCCUCCAGAGGAAUGUUUCCCCAUCCUCAUCACCGACAGCGCUUUGCGAGGACCAUGCAGACAGUUUGUACGAUCCGUGGCAGCAAAACCUCAGUUUCCUGGCGAAAAGAGAGAGCAGAUCAACCAACCAACAUCGUUCAUUGAUGGGUCCAUGGUGUACGGCAGUGAUGAGGAACGAUUGAGAGAACUGAGAGAGGGUCCAGAUGGAACUGGUUACCUGCUGAGGUUUGAACCUUCACCCUUUGGAGAGCUGCUACCGUCCACGACCGCUCGUAUAUGUAACCAGCCGUUGUGCUUUCUAGCGGGUGACGAGCGGCCGAACGAACAACCCUCCCUGGCCACCAUCCACACACUCUUCCUGCGCCUCCACAACCGCAUCGCACGCGCCAUCAAGGCGGAGAAGCCGGGCCUCAGCAACAGCACCAUCUUCGACAACGCCCGACGUCUGGUAGGGGGCGUCAUCCAGAACAUCAUGUUCGCGGAGUGGCUGCCCAUCAUCCUCGGCCCCUCAUCCAUGGCUCGUCAUCGCCUCAUCGUCACUGGCCGCUCGGUCUAUAACCAGUCCGUCGACGCCACGCUUUUCAACGCUUUCUCCUCGGCGGCUUUUAGACUCGGACACAGCCUAAUUCCUGAUGAACUUCCAGCAUUCUCCUCUAACCUCGCUGGACGCAGCCUGCUUCUGCGCGAGCAUUUCAUGAACCCGACCGUGGUGAGAACCCGCAUCAAUGACCUGGCCAUGGGACUCUUUAACGCCCAGGACCCGGAUGAUCAGUCUCAGCCGUUUGACUCUGUCAUCACGGGAGAGGUGAUCAACCACCUGUUCGAAGUCAACGGCGUCCGUGGGACGGGAUACGACCUGAUGUCAUUCAACAUCCAGCGAUCACGUGACCACGGCGUGCCGCCGUACAACAGGUACAGGGAGUUCUGUGGACUCCGGUCAUCAGGGAUUUCCAACAUCUGGGUGUGGCUUUGAAUCUUGCCUCUCCUCUACUGCAAGCUGUGCAGAGUGUUUACGAAAAUGUGAACGACAUUGAACUGAUAGUUGGAGGUUUUCUGGAGCCUCCUUUUGGCGGAGGGUUAAUAGGUGCGACACUCAACUGUCUGGUCAGCGAGCAGAUGCGUAGGUUGAAAUUUGGUGACCGUUUCUUCUUCACACAUUUGCCCGGUCGGACAAUCACAAACCCCUUCACAAACGAGCAACUGUCAGAACUGCGAAAAGUUACAGCAGCGGUGGUGAUGUGUCAGACCAUCCCAGGGCUCAGCUCCAUUCAGGCCGACGCCUUCAGGCCGGUCUCUCGGACAAAUCCACUCAGGCUCUGUCAGCAGCUAAACAGGAAUUUCAUCAAUGUUGACACAUUUCUUGAUUAACCAAUUCAUAUUCGAGAAAAUUCUUUGUUUUUGGACGUUGAACAUUACCAAAAGCUAAUUACGGUAUUUAUGGAUGGACAAAAUAAAAAAACCUCUUUAUGAAAA